AUGCACACCAACCACACAACAAGGGCAAGCCUCCAAGCCCUCUAUCGAAUCUUCGUCCUCCCGGCGCUCAGCAGGCCAAACACACAGCGUUCAAUCCGACACGCGAUACCACCUCAGACCACCACCCCCACCAGCAUCCGGGCAUUCUCCCAAACUGCCACCCAAAACAGCAAAAGCCGCCCCCCGGAAAAGCGAGCCCAAAAUUGGGACCACGAAAUCCGCGCACGCGAAAUCUACCUCAUCGAUCCCAUCACCAACCGACGCAGCGAGAGAACCCACACGCGCUUCGACAUCCUCAAAUCCCUAGAUCUGAGAACCCACCGGCUGGUGCAAGUCACCCCAGACGAUGAUAAGGACCAUCCCAUCCCGCUGUGUAAGGUCGUGAAUAAGAAGGAGGCAUUCGAUCAGGAACGAAAGCGAAAAGAAGAGACGAAGGAGCAGAAGAAGCUUGCCAAGGUCGCGGGGGAAGCGGGGGAGAAGACGAUGGAGUUGAACUGGGCGAUUGACGAGAAUGAUUUGGGACAUCGGUUGGGGAAGAUGCAGGGGUUUCUGGAGGAGGGGAGGAGGGUGGAGGUUGUGUUUAAUAGUAAGAAGAGAGGGAGGAAAGCGACCAGGGAGGAAUGUUUGGGGGUUAUUGCGAGAGUAAGAGGAAUUGUGGAGGAGGUCAAAGGGGCCAAGGUUAGGAGUGAUUUGGAGGGUGUGUUGGGGAAGUUUGCCAAGAUGGAAUUGCAGGGAGCGCCUGUUGCUGUGCAGAAGAAAGAGGCAAAUACUAAUGGUGAGAGUGGUAAGAGCGGGAAAGCGGUUGAGGAGGCGCCUUGA